AUGUACAGACAACUAUUGGGACUUCGGCUGCUCUCCAGGCGGACCAUCACAAGCAGUGCCCGCAGACAGGCUGAUAACGGUGUGAAGGAAAAACAAAAACUGUUUCAGCAGGACAACGGUUUACCUAUCCAUCUGAAGGGCGGGGUGAAGGACGCUCUCAUCUACAGAUUCACAAUGGCUCUCACUGUAUUUGGGAGUGGAUAUGUGGUGUACGAGCUGUUUACUGCUGCGAUGCCCAAGAAGGCAUAGUGAAACAGGAUCGGGCUAUCUGACGGAACAAUCAUGCACUCGCUGCUCACUCA